AUGACCGAGACCCAGGAAGUGAGCCAGAACACUGGUCAGCAUUACUGGACACAUGUGCUCACAGAAUUCAACAGUUUGGAGGAUCUGUCUAUACCGCUGAGAGGCUCAGCCAGACUCAGGUAUACAUGUAUGUGCGUGUCCCGACGCUACAUUGCUCUAGGAGCAAACACAGGAGCUGUCUAUAUAUUUGGACGAGAAAGUCUAAAACAUCUUCAGGUUGUGCUCGCUGAAAAGGACUCUUCACCAGUUAGUCAGGUGUGUUUUGGACCGAUUGAUAACCUCCUGGGAUAUGCCUGCAGCAACGGUAACAUCAUAGUGGUGGAACUGAACAUUGAGAGACGGUCUAAACCUGAGAGGGUAAGGUUAUCUGUGGAACACUCGGGCACUACCGUCACUGCUCUUCAAUGGGACGCAGUUGGAGGCAGGCUGUUUGCCGGAGACAACCUCGGCAAAAUCUCUGUGGCCUUUAUUCCAGUAUCGAAGGCUAAGGAUUUGUUCCAACACCCCUCAGAAGGUAUAGUUCGCCUAGACUCGGCCAUUGUUCAGCUUGAUUGGUCUGCAGACAGAUUACUGGGAUGGUCAGUUUGGGGCCUGUUUUUACCCUGGCCCCGAUGGACAAAACCCCUAGUAUUUACUGUGCCAGGCCUGGGUCAAGGGAUCUGGGAGGUGGACUACCAUGGCACUGUUUUGAACACCCACCAGUUCAAACAACUGCUGGCUAUCCCAUCCUUCCCAGUCAUCACUUUCAGAUCAAUGGAGCUGAAUCUGCCAGAUAAGCUGGGCAGUGGUAAAGCCCAGUCCGUGUCCUUCCCCAAACUACACACUGUAUGUGAUAUGUACCUUUUCACCUGGUCUCAGAAUGGUCUGUAUGUCCUUGACCCUGUGGCAGUCAAGGUCAUUACCUGGACGAAAUACUCAGCAAAUGCAAUAGAUGUCAAGUGCUACAAGAAUGAAGUGUACAUAUUUAGUGAGGGGACUGGCCAGGUGCAGAAGUUGUUGUUGUUGCCUGUAUCACGAUGCGUAGCUACCCUGAUUGUAAAGGAGUACUGGUCACUAGCUGGUCAGCUAUGUGGAUACUUUAAACAGUUACUGGUGGAGGCUAAGUCUCGUCGCUACCUGCCGAGAAGUGUCCUGAAUGACCUCUACCAACAGCUCCUGGCAGCUGACAUGGGGGAGCUGGUUGACAAGGUCAAGGUCAUUCUGUCUUCCAUAGAUUCGCUGCCGGACAGCUCGGGAGAGGAGGGAGUUGUGGGCAUCGUCAGAUUAGAUUCAGGAAUUUAUCAGGUUAACGAUGGUAGACGGCUUGAUUCAGAUGAGGAAUCCUCCCAUACUCCAUCGGGCAGCCAGUCGCUGUCACGUAAAUCUAGCACGUCUUCCUUACACACUAUGUUCAGCGAGCAUUUCAUAAACUUACCCUCAAAGAAGACAAGAGAGUUUAACUCUGCGGAACUUCAACAUCUGGCAGGGUCAACCCUGACAGAAGGCUCACAGAAGAUAAUGAGAUCAGUGAGUCUCACUGAGCAGAUCCUCAUGAGCACUCAAGGUGAUCAAACCUCUGAGGACAGUAUGAAUAAUGUGGAUGAGAAUAUGACUGUGGAUAAUGUCAGUAAUGGCAGAAACUUAGCAGACUUACCAAAGUAUAAAUCAGAGGGCAAUAGGAAUGAGGCAGGUGCUGUGAGAAGUGUUGAUCAGACAGAAACUAGUGUUAACAUUGAUGAUUUAAAUCAAAUGGAUCCUAGAUCUCCAGGAGUUUUAACAAAUAACAAAGCUGCCUGUGAUCGAGUGGAUCCUGGGUCUGCAGAAGUCUUGACAAAUAACAAAGAAACCUCAGAUCAAGUGGAUCCUAGAUCUCCAGGAGUUUUAACAGAUAACAAAGCUGCCUGUGAUCGAGUGGAUCCUGGGUCUGCAGAAGUCUUGACAAAUAACAAAGAAGCUUCUGAUCAAGUGGAUCCUAGAUCUCCAGGAGUUUUAACAAAUAACAAAGCUGCCUGUGAUCGAGUGGAUCCUAGGUCUGCAGAAGUCUUGACAAAUAACAAAGAAACUUCAGAUGAAGUGGAUCCUAGAUCUCCAGGAGUUUUAACAAAUAACAAAGCUGCCUGUGAUCGAGCGGAUCCUAGGUCUGCAGAAGUCUCGACAAAUAACAAAGAUGCUGCUGAUCAAGUGGAUCCGAGAUCCAUUACAGUCGGAAAUAAGAAAGAAGUGGAUUCUAGAUUUCCAGGACUUUUGACAAAUAACCAUGAAAAUAAACAAGCUUCUCAUGAAGUGGAUCGAAAGGAAAAUUUUGAUCAUGGGGAUGCUAGAUCUUCAGGAGUCGUCACCGAUACCAAGGAAAUGUCUGAUCAAGAAGAUAGUAGAUCUUCAGGACUCCUCACACAUACAAGUGAAGAGGAGAAGCCUGCAGAGGUUGUACAGAAGAGAGAGGGAUCCACGUCCAGCCUGUCGAGUAAUGAACUGAUAAUGGACCAGAUGUGCGCAGUGCCAGCAGUUCCUGUCGCCCUCAAUGUGGGUAGGUCGGAGUCAGGUAAGAAGUCAGGGCGUAAGAAAAAGGCCUCCCUGCCAGUGAUUCUCGGCCCAGGAGAAAAGGCCGAAAGCAAAGCCAUAUCUGACCUUGGGCCCAGAGCAUCUAUCCAGGAAGCCAUUAUGGAGGUAGAGAAACAGGAAUCAGUCUCUGCAGAACAGGCAGAAAGGACAGAUAAAUUGAACUUUGAUCAGACAAAUGCUGCAUUACCCAUGAUGCAGUAUUCCUCCUGGGCUAUGCGAUCCUCUAGCCCAAUCAACAGCCAGGAAUCGUCCCCUUCUCACAGUCCAGUGGUCCAGUCUUGGAAUGGUUCAGCCAGUCCUACCAAUAUAACAGGCCCCAGAACAGCCUUGAAAUCAGUGAAAGAGAGUUUGUCAUCAAAAUUUUCCUCAACCAAGAAAAACUUGAUCAGAACAAUAAGAGAGAAAAAGACCAUGUUCGUGAGUCGAGAUUCCAGUCCCGUGGGGAACGUGACUACAGAAAACAUGCCUAACGAACAACAACAAAAAUUCAAUGGAAUUGCCCCUGGUGGCACGAAGGUUGAGAGGAGCAUAAGUCCGUUUGUGGAAGACAGAAGUUAUGAUGUAGCUGAGGAGUUGUCUCCCCUGUACAGGGCCACCUGCAAAGCCCAGGCACAGUUGAAGCAUGCAGACACACUUCUUCAGCCAUGCCCAAUCCUGACAGUGUGGCUGCAGCAAUUGCACCAGACCUUACAGCAGUUGCAUAAAACACAGCAGAAGCAUAGAGAUGCACAGGCAAAGGCCAGAACAGAAGUUGAGGCUAAAGAUGGAGAUGUUAACAGGGAUAGUCAGAAUGCUGAAGAAACCACCCCAGAUCUGUCCGAUGCUCUGGCUUGUGAUGCUGAACCCAAGAUUUCAGGUGAAAAUUGUGGACGGGUGGACAAAGAUACCGAUGAGACUUCUGAGGUGAGGCUUGAUGAACAGGUGUGUAAUGAAAAAGAUGAAAAGGUGGACGGUGAAUUAGACACAGACAUACCUGACUCUAACCAACCUGUAUCUCAUGACGUUGAUGUGAUAUCGGAUACUCUGUCAUCGUUACAAGUAAAGGAUCCAGACUCGUUGUCAAUUGACAGUGGUCACCCAGCAGUAGAUGGCCAAAGUGAGGAUGCAGGAAGUGACCUAGAGGCCAGGUUGUCCACUGACCAGGACGAUGUCUCUGUAACUGCCCUUGAUGUCCUUUCAGCUUCACAAAUUGACCAUGGUAUCCCAGCAUCCUCUUGUUCCAGUGCCACAAGUGACAGCUUUGCAGAGUCACCACAGCCGUUUCAGGAUCAAUUCAAGACUAGCCGUGAGAAUGAUGCGAACAUAACACUGCCAAAAUUAAACUCGGAGAAACCAGAAUUGAUUGACGUUGAUUGGAUGAAGCAGUGCUACGUCUCUGAUCCAUUUAAUGCCGGACUACGUUUCUCUGAGGACAUUGGGUAUUUAGCAAACAUCUGCUUUGAGUUAGGACUACAUGGGAGAGUGUCAGAUUAUAUCCAGCCUCAGAUUACUCCUGGGCUCAGCACAGAGACAACUGUGAACCAGGACACCCUUAAUGCAAGUGAUGGUUCUCAGAGUGGGUGUCCAUCCACUGACCAAUCCACUGGUCAAAUCAGGGAGGAGGAAGAUGACCGCCAGUUAGCUUUGUUCCUCAGGAACUACUACAGUUACCUGGACAUUCCAAGGAUUAAAAAAGCACUGAAUUCUUCUAGUCACCAUGGUUACCAGACAUGGCAAGCCUUGGUGGAUUGUUUUAUGGAAGUGGUAAGAGGUGACAGUGUUUCCGUCAAGCUAAGUGAGAACAAUACUGUGGGUGGUUUUGACCUGCUGAGGUCAGGGGUUGGUUGUGACCCUGCAGCUGUAGUAGGACAUCUGCCCAGGUUGUUCACUGUAAGCCCAAACAAGACUCUGGAAUUCUGUCUGGAAGAAGUCAAAUACAUCCAGCCACUAGACAUAUUGUAUGUGACUAGAUUACUGAACAAACCAACUCAAAAGUUCUUCCUGCCUUACAUGUUGGCCAAGCACUCAGCCAUGACACAGCCAGGGGAUCUUGCUGCUCUGUGUGAGAGUGUGAGGGUGAGACAGACCUGGCUAAGGGGGCUUCUGGCUGAUGGGGACACAUUUGUCCUGAAAAGACAAGACAAAAAGCCUCUACCUGGCAGUCAUUUGUAUCCAUGGAAACAUCAGUCCAUCAUAAAAAGUAUUCUGGAUGAGUUUAUGGCAACAGAUGCUGCACAAUUACUGGACCUCUGUCAGGAAUACGGUUAUUGGUUGGGAAGCUUAAAGAUGUUGCACCACUUAGCCAUGAAGCAGAAGGGACUGGAGAUUAUUGUCAGACUAGGGGACAUCACUCUGCUUGCUGCCGAUGAGUGGUCCCCUGUUAGUUUGGAGGAGUGGCAGUUUGUCCUGGAUGAGAUGGUCAGUCUGACCACUGGAUCAGUGGAGAAGUUGGACAGAGAGCAGACAGACCUGACAUCCAGGCCAGCAAAGGCAGGGUGGACACCAAGCCUGACCUGGGACAGCCUGGGUUUACUGCUGGCACAGAGCGUGGGAGCAGAGAAGGCCAUCUCUCUCCUGCAGACACUUUCCCUCCCACCAGAGGCCUUAUCUCUGUCAUUCUACCAGGGAAUGAUUGUUGCUGCACUUGGGGCUCGGCAAAAAAGGUCUUUGUUACACAACAUUCUGGAGAAAACAGACGCUUAUCUCUGGGCAAAGAAACCCACCCAGAUGGCCCCUCAGCUGCUUUAUGCCGUUGAGGAGGAGAGAAAGAUGGUGUCAGCAGUUAGAGAGGGCAAACAGACCCAGGUGUUCAAGGACAUGUUCACCCAGCUGGAGAGUCAGCCAGACCUGGUGUGUCACAGGUUUGUGGAGGACCCUGAGUGUCACUGGGGGGUCAGGUGUGACUUAAACAGAGCUUGCCCAUGCUGUGGUUUACAGCUGUCUGCUCAGGUUUCAAUGUCUCAGCCAGGAAUCGUCAUCUUCCACUGUGGCCAUGGAUAUCACAAGUUUUGUCAUCAGGAGAGAGUCUGCCAAGUUUGUGCCGAAAGUCUAGCCAAGCUGUCCAACUGAUGGUCUCACUGGACACUGGCUGUAUAAAGACUGCUUGUCUGAUGGAGUCAAUAAUGGGUACGCGGUCAUGGAAAUGCCUGUAACACUUGUACGUGAUCAUUCUAGUUUUGUCACAACCUGCACUCAUAUGAUCACAUGCUAUACAGUACCCGAUUGUGCAGACGCCAUAUUCAGUGUGCCACACAGUUUGUCACAUGCUACACUCUGGGGUCACAUGCGAUUUGCUAUAACUGAUGUGUCACGUUCUAUACACAAUUUUUGCACAUGCUAUAACCAGUCUGUAUACCAUGUUCAUCACAUGACAUACACAGUAAGCCAGAUGCCAGAUGGUGUAUGAAAUGCCACAUUGUCACAUUUAUUAUAUAAUGUGUGUCAGAUUUUACUCCUUAUGUGCCAUACACAUUGAACCAAAUACCAUUGUUAGAAUGUCAACUAUGUGUCACAUACCAAGUCUUCUCUCACAUGUUCCCAGUGCAUUCUAUGCCAAACCCAGCAUGUCAGAUGUAACCAUAUAUAAAUGAAAAAUGUCCUACCCAGUGUUUCUCAGACCAUUACCCAGUGUGUCACUUGCCCUACCCAUUGUUUCAAAAGGUCAAAGGUCAAAGGUCAUACCAAGUGUCCUACUGAUUACGUGACAUACCAUACCUGUUUGUGGGUCAUAUACCAUAAUACCCAUGGUGUAAUACACUAUACAAUAUGUGUCAUAUACACAUACUGUGUGUCCCAUGUCAUGCUUAUUUGUGUCACUUACAGUACCCAAUGUGCCAGUGUGUCAUGUACAGUACCCAGUGUGCCACGUACCAUACAAUAUGUGUCACAUUUGCCACACUGUCAUAUACAGUACCCAAUGCAAUACAUGUUAAAUGUCAUACCUAUUUGUGUCACAAGCAUGCCAUAUAUUUCAAUCUGAACAAGUGCUUUGUAACUGAAUGUUUCAGUUUUGUACAUGCAGAUGUGGUGAGUAAGUGAGAAAUAACCAUUCAUACUGCGGUCACAAUUUCUGUGUCGUUCAAAGUCUAUCAGUCCGAUCACUGUUUCCAUGACAAUCACUGCCUCAUAACGACACUAGAGAAAGGGUUAAUGACAUACAGUGUAGUGUCUACAUAUACAUACAUGUGUACAUUUAUCUACUCUGGUGUAGUUUGGUUUGAUUUAUAAGUGAUGAAAUAAGAAGGAUUGUGUCUGGCAAAUGCUAUUUUGUUCAGAGCCAAUAGGUUUAGGGGAUGUCACUUCCAAGUUCACAUCUUCUGCCUCGACACAGUUGUUCUCUUUGAGGAGUUACCUUAUGUAAAGUGUCUAGUCAUAACAGCACUCAGAGCAGUAGUGUCUUUCUUUUUUGUACAUAUACUGUGCUUGCCAUUUUGUAUAUUCUGAUCACCAUGAUCAAAAGCAGGGUAUGUUUGUAUUCCAAACGAAAUUUUAUAUUUUUAGAAAAGAUUUUAUAAAAAAGAUGUACACAAGCAGUGUAGUUUGUAAGAACUUAUACACAAAUUGUAAAAAGCAUAUAUUUUAGCCUGUUUGUAAAGAAAGUAAACGGAGAAGUUGCAUAAUUCCAACAGAGGUAUGUAGCUGAUUGUAAGGAUGGCGCAAAUUUACAUGCAGUUAGUUUGGAACAAUGUAAAAAUGAAGUUUUUGUCAUCUUAAUACUCAGUCUUUUUUUUAUUCCUUCAUAAAAUUGGGGGAUUACAAUGUUAAACAUUUACGUUUCAGUUUCAUAUUCUGGAUGUAUGCCAUAGUUACUGGUUGCUAUGGAAACCAUUUAAAUCAACAUUGAUGUCAUCUAGAUUGCGCCUAAUGUCAUACAGAAGAAAUUUUCAUCAUAUAGAGAUUUAUUUUUCCUAGCAAAGUAAACCUUCAUGUAAAUAGUCCGUUUAUGUAUAAGUUAAAGGUAAGGAACAUCAGAUGAAUAAUUACAGGUGUUUAUAUAACAUCAGCUAACUCAAAAAAGUUGAAUCUUUCUUCGGAAUUGGCCUAAAAUCUGAACUAUUCUAGCAGGAUCAUAGGAUCAUUUGCAGAAUAUAUUGAGAAAAGGUUUGUGAUAAUAAAGAAAAGUGCAAUUUCUGUCUGAACGUAAUAAGCAUGAUGUCCAUCCAAUGGCUGUACUGUUAGCAUUGCAUAUAUAUACAUGUAUGUGUUUGUAUGUCAUGCCAUGUUAAGGACUAGCAAUGUUUCUGUGAUAAUCAAGCUGUGAUUUAAUCAUUGUACACCUACAUGUAGACAAGCCUUGAUCCAAGCCUACAUCCAUAUAUACAGGUAAGCCAUGUUCUUGACCUAUAUACGAACACUGGUAUAACUGCAGGAUGCUAAUUUGUAUAUAGUCUACGAUUUCAUAAUGUUCAGUAUGUAUAUGUAUGUCCAGAGUUUUUUUAGUCAUAUGAUGAGGAAAGAGUCCUUAGGUGUGUGUACAUAUACUGUGUUUUCUUGUGGCAGGGUGAGUCCAUGCUGCCAAAGUAUCAUGCCAAAGACAGCAGACAUGAAACCCACACAGUCACAUUAUACUGAUACCAGGCUGACCAGCCCUGCUUCCUUGUGUUAACCCCUCGGCAAAGCAGAGAGGUUAAAUUUCUAAGGCCUUUGGUAUGUCCAAACCCAGAUUUGAUCCCGGGCCUCCCAACUUUGCGCUAGGCUUAAGUUAUUAUUAAUCCUACUAAAUAAUAAAGUAAUACAAUUUAUUACUGUACCUUACAGUUAAAUCUGAUUAAAUAUCGGGGCCUCCGUGGCUCAGUCGGUUAGUGCACUAGCGCAGCGUAAUGACCCAGGAGCCUCUCACCAAUGCGAUCGCUGUGAGUUCAAGUCCAGCUCUUGCUGGCUUCCUCUCCGGCCGUGCGUGGGAAGGUCUGGCAGCAACCUGCGGAUGGUCGUGGGUUUCCCCCGGGCUGUGCCCGGUUUCCACCCACCAUAAUGCUGGCCGCCGUUGUAUAAGUGAAAUAUUCUUGAGUAUGGCGUAAAACACCAAUCAAAUAAAUAAAUAAAUAAAUUAAAUAUCAAUUUUAAUUAAAGAUGAUACAUGUAUAUGUGCCAUAUAUGUAUUGCCAUAUUUUACGUUGAAUUUUGCCAGGAAUUUGAAAUUGUACGCGUAUUUGCAAAAAUGAAUAAUUGGAUGAAUAAUAAUGAAUAAUUGGAAUAAUUACAGUACCUGAUUUGUUGAGAACAUGUUGAGACAGAAACAAUUUGAAAUUUUAUUCAAAUACCAUAUACACUGCAUUGUUUAGAAAUUUUAUGUUUGUUUCAUCAGCUUGACCUUCUUGUUUCUAUGCUCUUAAUGUAAUGCUUGACUUUUAUUGGCAGAAAAUCCGCCAUUUUGUUUCU